CGUUUCUUUUCCCUCUUAAAACUGCUUAUCUUCAACACCGCCCACAUCAAAUCAGCACCUACUGAUAUAAACUGCAGCAAUGCCCGAAGCCGAUGCCAAGGAAGCGCUCAAACCGCCCGUGAAGGUCGGGUUGACAUUACCCGCCGUUUAUCAGGGACGCGGUUCUUACACUGAAAGCCCAAAAGGGGCCCGGGAUGUCCAUUUUGCCAUGCCGGGAUCACGACUUAAGCAAGGUGAGAGUGAGGCUUUGUUUGUUCGUCCUCGUUUAAUCACUUGGGUCUGGACUGAUUAUUCUUGCAGUCGACGUUCUACAAGUAGACUCAACUGCUGUAUCUCAACCUUUCGUUGACCCGACUGUCUUUCAGAAAUGGAGUGACAGGUCUUGAUUUCUGCUCGCCAUCAAGAGUUUCUUCAAAGACUCAACCCCGAUCACAUAGCUACACCUUCGGGAUCGCGACGGUUUAUCAC